AUGUACACACUGACUAACGAAGGCGGCCUGUCCCCGAGGGAGCCGGUCGACCGAAUGGAGCCAGGGAUAUCCGUCGCAUCCGACGAGGCUGCACGGCCCGUGGUGGCGCCCUGCCACCGGCGGGCCAUGUCCGAGAACCUGGAGCGCGAGCUGCUGUGCGCGUGCGGGGCCAGGAAACGGAAGGCGCCAUACUUUGGGUGCGAGGGGAUGCGCGGCGGCAAUCGGCACAGCCCCUCGCCGCUGGGCCCAAGGAAUGGCUUCUCCAGAGACUGGAGGCACAUGGUCGGCAUGGACAAGGAUGCGAAGCCUUCGCAUGGCUUUGGGGCGGAUGCCAGGGGCUUGGCGGUGUGGCCCCUGUGGCGACCCAGCUUGGGAAGUCCCAGGGAUGCCGGGUACUCAUCGAUAUCGGCGAGCAGUGACAGCCAUUGCUUCUCAUCUGAGCACCAGGAGGGGCCCUCCAGCUCGAGCGUGUCGAACUCGCAGGUCCAGAGGCUCAGCCAGAUGCUGUGGUCUGCUGGCUCCGUGGGGUCUGUUGACUCCCUUGUGGGGGCCAUCAGGACGCAGGAAGCCCUGGAUCCCAGCAGGUCGGUGGAGGAGGAGUGUGGUUCGUCGACAUUGAGCGCUCAGGAUCCAUGGCUGCCUGAUGUGGAGCACUCGGAAGGUUGUCGUGUGGCGUCGCCAACUGAUGACUCCAAAGUGUGCGUUCCACCUGUUCCUACGGAAGGCGCCAACUGCAGCCAUGCAGCAUCUCAAGUGAAUGGCUGUCAGGGGUGUCAUGCGACUUCGUCAACGGAUGCCUUUGAAGGGAGCAGUGCAAAUAUGCCAGUGGAUGCCAAUGAAUGCAGCCAUACAGUAUCGGAAUGCUGUGAAGGCUGCCUUGCAGAUUCCCCAGUAGAUGGCUGCAAAGGGAGCCAAACAAGCUCAGUGGGAGAUGGUUCUGAAGGAUGUCGUGCGGCUUCGCUGAUAGAUUGUGCAGAAGGGAUCCAAGCAGCUUUGUUAGUACAGGAUAACGGGAGCAAGGAAGAGCUCGAGAGGAUGCCAAGCAUAGUGCUCGGCAGUGGCAGCUGUGAAGCAGAGCCGGAGAAGCUUCAGCUGUGGACGCCUGGAGGCCAUCCUGAUAAUGUGAGGUGGGAACCAUGGAUGGCAGAAGAAGACACACCAACGACCCGCUACGCAAGUGCGACUUCCAAGGAAGGGCUACAGGAGAAUGAUGAAACGAAAUCAAGUGUUGUGCUCGACAGUGGUAGCUGCGAACUGGAGCCGGAUAACUUGAAGCUGUGGAUGUCGGGUGACGUUCCAUUAAGAUUGGCUUGGGAGUCGUGGGUGUCUGAUGGAGACACGGUGGGAACAUGCUCUGUGAGCUUGACUUCAAGGAGCGGCAGAGGCAGGGGGUUGGUGUGUGAAGACGAUGAUCAGAGGGAAGUGGACAGCGAUGAGCUGUGGACAGCUCCGCGGCCCUCCGAUUCCUCCUCCAAGGUGCAAGAUGUGACUGGUGGGGGCACCAACAAGGAGGAGUUGCAGAAUGACGUGCCAAAGGUGUGUGAGAGUCCAUUGGGCAGUGUGGACAGCGUUGAGCUCUGGACAGCUCCGUUGCAGUCAGAUUCUUGCCAGGCUGAUGUGGUGGCACGUUGGGGCAUCAACAAUGAAGUGUUGCAGGAAGUUGAAACCGAGUGCAAGGAGCCCCAUGCCCUGUUUAGAUUGGGAGAGGGCUCAGAACAAGAGUCUCAGUUUCAGCUGGAAGUUGGCAGCGCUCAAGCCCAGAAUGAUGGGCAGCAGGGUGAGGUGCUAAGUGGGAAGGAUCAACCAAAAACUUUCAUGGUGUCAAUUUUGGACUCUGGUGUCUGCGAUGAGGACGUCGAUUUCGAAGCCAUGCACAUGGGUUCUGUGGGAAUGGAAACAGAACCAGCCGGACAAUGUCUGCUGCUUGAGGAACAGGAAGUGGGUGUGCGCAGACAGGGGAAUUUCAACAAUGGGGUGGCUGGGAAGGGCAGCUUGACGGUGGCAGGGCACCACAGAAGUAACACCAAACCAUGGGCUGGCAGGGAUAGCAGUGAGGAUUCUCCAGGUAGUCUAGCAGGGAAUCACCAGGUGGGGCAUUUUGGCAGGAUCAAAUGUCGUGGGCUGAUGAUGGGAGAGGUCUCAGAGAGCAGGCCAGACUGGGAGGAAGCUAACGAAGGUGAGGAAAUUGAGGAGCCGCUGACAGCCAGGGGCCUGGUGACUUCUGGCUCAUUCUCUGCAGAGGCACAAGGUGCAAGAGGGGGGCGGAUGUCACUGUGGGAGAACAUCGACCUCACAGAUCCCAGCUUUUGUUCUGAGUCUGACAAUGUGGAGUCAAGGGGUUCCUCGGUAGAUGGGUUGGAAGACCGGGCGGUGAUGGCGAGUCACAGGUCUCCAGGAUCAACAUUCUUGGGUAAAGCCAGUGGGGACGCAGAUGCUGAGGUGAGCAUUGGGAUGAGUGACGACAGUGAUGGAUACCAGACUGCACAGUCACACCAAUCGGAGAGUUGCUCCCACAGAUAUGGGUAUCCAGGUGAUCGUGCCAGCGCUCAUGUGGGGUCAACUUCAUGGGAACAGCUGCAAGAGGCCACAGCAGCGCCCAACACCAUGAAGGUGACAAGGGGCAAUCCUAGAGAGAGAACUGAGGUAGACUGUUACAUUUAUGAGGACGAUACAGAUCAUGGGUCACAAUCACCCAUGACAAACGCAUCUGUCACUCCAGUGAGCACAGCUCCCCACCAUCACCGGAGUUCGACUGGGAGCACUUCUUGGGAGCGAAUGGAUGAUGAUCUGAUGCUAUCAGGUGGCACAGUGAGGAUGGAUGACACUCUCAUGCUUUCAGGAGGUACAGUGAGGGGUCUAAGUUCGGACAGUAGCCAGGACGAUGAUCAACGCACCCCAGUGUGGAGUGUGGGGUCCAGAGAACUGGCAACGCUGGAUGCCAGGAGUCCACCAUGGGGGGAAACUUGUGAGCCAGAGAUGGCAGACAUUACAGAAGUGUGCGGAGGGUUCACCAUGAGUCACCGUGGCGAUCCUCUGGAAAGCCUGUUGGAUUGCCCCUCUGCAGUUGGGCACAAGCGGCUGCAGACUGUGCUGGAGGAGUCUGUGAUGUCUGAAGACAUGCUGAGCGACGAUCAUCAGACUUGUGGAGACUCAUCGAGCAAGGAGCUGGAUGAAGGAGUGGUGCCGGGAGUGACACCUCAGGGACUGCAGGAUCAGGGACAGGAAGAAAGAUCCCCACAGAGGAAAGAGGAAACUGCACUCAGGAGGUUCUUCUGCCCAGAUUUCAUACGUUGCCGAACAGCCAGGUCGCGGAGUGACUCAGUUGCAAGUGGCACCAGGUCUGCUUUGGAUGGCCAGGCUGUUGACCUGCAGGCCACGCUGCUGGACGUAGAAGACAGAUGCAAAAGCGCUCCUUGCAAAGUAAGUGGCGUUUUUGAUGGCUUCUUCAGCAUUGAUUCAGAGGUCUCGGAAUUUUUUGUCCAGCCUGCAUCUGCAUUGGAUGGAGAGGCUGCACCCAGUGACCGUCCAGACUCAAGACAGAGCGACCCAAGUGCAAGGGGCAGCAAGGAACAGAAGCACGAGACAUCCUCAGAAUCGGCUAGCCCGAGCAUCCUGCGGUGGCUGAGGUCGAAGCUCACCUUGAGGUCAUCACCAACCUCUUCUUCAGAGGGUACGUUGAUCGGCAGUGUGUCCGAGCAGCAAUCCACCAUGGAGAGGAAGUCAAGCAGCUUCCGGACAGCCUCUGACAAGGGCUCUGAUGCCACAUCCAGCAUCAGUCUCUCGGACAUGCCCGCCCUGAGCUCACAGGGAGUUGGUGGCCCAGAGAUGUAUGAUGUGGUCCUCAACUCGGACAUCUACGAAUCCAACCCGAUCGAGUAUGGACCAGAGGGGCCAAUUCAGCUGUACUCCAUGAUGAGGCCCAGGCUUAGAAGCCUGGGAGUGAAUGUGGACAAGUGGGAUGCCUUGUCUGGCCAACCUGUUCCUGUGAUCGACUUCUUCGACUGCAUCCUAGAGGAGGCGGACAACAUGGGCAUUGAUUUGUUCAGCAUUAUGGAGGAGACAGCUGGUCAGGACCACUCCCUGGUGAUUGCCAUCAGGGAGGCCCUUUACCGGGCGCCACUCUCUGAAGAUGGCGACAAGAACUCAUCCAACAAAUUUGAAAAGGAGGACGACCGUGGGUCAGAACAGUGGCAGAUCGAGGUGGAGAGCAAAAAUGGGGCCCCCACCAACGGUUCAGGGGAACAGGAGGACCUGGGAGUGGGAAGAUACUCCAUGGACGUCCUUGACGCCCUGUCAGAGUGUGGCAUCAAUGCUAUGUUCUUUGACAGGGACAUGAGCCAGUUUGGAUCUGAGGCUGAGUACUACUGCCACAUGGCCGACUGCUUGAAGUCUGAAGGUGUAACACUGACACCAGCAUUGGUGGAGCGCCUUGGUGAGACCCACCCGCUCUCAAUGGCAAUGGUCAGUGAGCAGUCAGUCGCCUUACUGAAAGGUAUGGAUGCCCCAGCACCCCAGCCGAUGAGAAUCACCAUGCAAACAUCUUUUGGUGCCACGUUAUCUUCACAUGGCUGGGAAUGGCAGAGAUUUGGUUUAGGCAUUCAUAACCAUUGA